CCCACACUCUCGAGCUUCGCGUUAGAAUAACACAAAUCUCAGAUCUCGAGACCCACCCCACCAUUUCCCCCAUUUUUUUUGGUUUUUUUUAGCCUCAAUCUCACGUUUCCUCUCCCAAAAUCCCACCUUUAUUGCAAAGAUCUCACCUUUCCUCACAAUUCCUAACUCCCAUUUCCCCAAUUUGAUGUGUUCCUUGUUCUACACACAGAUCUUUUGAGAAAAAAGGCCAAAUUUUGGGGGUUUUUUCCUUUUUUUUUUAGCUUUUGGGAUCUUAGAUUUGAGAAUGGCGAAGGUGGAAUCAGGUGCUGUUGUUGUUGUUGUGUUGGUUUUGAUUUUAAUGGCUUGUGGAUUGAGGGUUGAGGGAGAUGGCUCUGAUCACAGGUACAAGGAGGGAGACCAUGUCCCCCUCUAUGCUAACAAAGUGGGUCCUUUUCACAAUCCAAGCGAGACGUAUCGGUACUAUGAUCUCCCAUUCUGUUCACCAGAACAUGUGACCGAGAAAAAGGAAGCUCUAGGAGAAGUUCUGAACGGCGAUCGUUUAGUCGAUGCCCCUUAUGAGUUGAACUUUAGGGAAGAGAAAACAUCUAGGUCUAUUUGCAAGAAAACACUAUCGAAAGAUGAGGUCGCGAAGCUUAGAGAUGCGGUCUUGAAGGAUUACUACUUCCAAAUGUACUACGAUGACUUGCCAUUGUGGGGAUUCCUCGGAAAAGUCGACAGAGACAAGCUCGAUCAAAGUGAGGCGAAAUAUUUGUUAUUUAAGCACAUUCACUUCGAGAUACUGUACAAUGACAAUCGCGUAAUAGAAAUUAACGUCCAAACCGAUCCGAAUCUCUCUGUCGAUAUAACCGAGGAUAAGGAAGUAGAUGUGGAGUUCUCGUACUCUGUUGCGUGGAGAAAGACCGAAAUACCCUUCGAGAAAAGGAUGGACAAGUACUCGAAAUCUUCUUCCAUGCCCCAGCAUUUAGAGAUUCACUGGUUCUCAAUUAUAAAUUCAUGUGUUACCGUUCUCCUUCUUACUGGUUUCCUUGCUACGAUUCUGAUGCGCGUGCUUAAGAACGACUUUAUCAAAUACUCUCACGACGAGGAGACUCUCGAAGACCAAGAAGAGACUGGGUGGAAGUACAUUCACGGCGACGUCUUCCGGUUCCCGAAUCACAAAUCUCUGUUCUCGGCUAUAAUCGGAUCCGGAAGUCAGCUCUUGGCUCUCACAAUUUUCAUCUUCCUUCUUGCACUUGUCGGGGUGUUUUAUCCCUACAAUCGCGGAGCUCUCUUCACCGCUCUCGUCGUCAUCUACGCUCUCACUUCCGGUAUCGCUGGUUACACCGCGACUUCCUUCUAUCUGCAACUAGAAGGAACCAACUGGGUCAAGAAUUUGUUAUUAACCGGCUGCUUAUUCUGCGGGCCUCUUUUCUUAACGUUCUGCUUCCUCAACACCGUCGCGAUAGUCUACAGCGCCACCGCCGCGUUGCCGUUCGGUACCAUCCUCGUGAUUCUCCUAAUAUGGGCGCUCGUCACCUCCCCGUUACUUGUGUUGGGCGGUAUAGCCGGAAAGAACAGCAACACGGAAUUCCAAGCGCCGUGCCGGACCACAAAGUAUCCGAGAGAAAUCCCCGAACUGCCGUGGUAUCGGACCACCAUUCCUCAAAUGGCGAUGGCCGGGUUCCUCCCUUUCAGCGCUAUAUAUAUCGAGCUCUACUACAUUUUCGCCAGCGUGUGGGGCCACAAGAUCUAUACCAUAUACAGCAUCCUCUUUAUUGUGUUUAUUAUUCUCAUUAUCGUCACGGCGUUCAUCACGGUGGCGCUGACGUACUUUCAACUCGCCGUGGAAGAUCAUGAAUGGUGGUGGAGGUCGGUUCUUUGCGGAGGGUCGACCGGAAUAUUCAUCUUCUUCUACUGCAUCUACUACUACCGUGCGAGAUCGGAUAUGUCGGGCUUCAUGCAAACCUCGUUCUUCUUCGGCUACAUGACCUGUGUCUGCUACGGCUUCUUCCUCAUGCUGGGCACCGUCGGUUUCCGCGCGUCCCUGCUCUUCGUCCGCCACAUUUACCGUUCGAUCAAGUGCGAGUAAAAAUUCGGCAGAUCGGUCUCCUCUCGUCGUCGGCACAGAGCAAGUGCACGAAUCUUAAGAUAUCGCGCUUGCAGAAGAAGCAAAAGCAAAUUCUCGCCUUUGGUUUCGGUUAUAGUUUGUAUUACUAAAAUUUUGGUUUCUUAGGGACUGAAUGCUCAAAAUGUGUCUUAAAUAUGAAAUCAUGUAUGCUGUCACACUAUUGUAUGUUCUUCAAAGAAAUGCAAGUUUAAGUAAAUCA